UACACGAAGAAGAAGAAAGCAACACACUUUUCUCAAUCAAUGAGAAAAUAUUUUAAACAGACAAGAUGGUGGUGUACACACUUUUUUGAUUACUUCAUGGAGCCCCCAAAAAAGUAUUUAACAUAAUAUUGGAGCAAUUUCUAAAUUCAAACGAACCCCCCUGCAACUACACAUGGACAUUUAGAAGAAAUUCGUUCUUCCAAGUCGGGAACUGAGGAAGCAUCGUCAAGUUGGCCGAAAAUGAUCUGUGCUACACUUAACAUUACCUACCUAAUAACGCCUAUAAGCCAGCUGGAACAGUAAUGGUCUGACUACGGCUUUGUGAUCUUUUAAAUAACUAUGGUGCAUUAUGAUGUUUUUAAUUGCUAGGGUGCAUUUUAUUCGGGUCUAUAAUCUCAGGUAAGGGUAUUUUUAGUCAAUGCUUUUUCUAAUUUAUUCGCAAGCUGGUCCAUGGUCUGUUUUAUUUAAACAAGUACUAAAAAGAUCCGAGCAGAGAGGGUAAAUGUUGGGGAGAAGGCAUUCAUAGAAGCAUUCCUUUGGGAUUUUAGCAUUAUUUUACAACAUUUUUUGUUAAAUCUUCUUUCUUUUUAUUUUCACUGGUUGCAUUAAUUGCACAUUAACUUACAUUUUUUUCUGAUAAAACUUCUUUCUUUCUUUUUAUUUUCACUGGUUGCAUUAAUUGCACAUUUCUCUAUCCGGCUGUGAAAGCACCUCAUUGAUACAGCUUAAUUACAAUGAAAGUCAAAUUUGCAAUCAUAUCGCGUGAAACAAUGCACGGGAACUCUGUAGAGUUGGAAUAGUCCAUUAUUAUAAACCAGUUGUGGGGUCUCAUGCAGAGACAUUAUUGGGGAAAAAAAGAUGUCUAAUAUUUUAUUAUUAUGCCCAGCUCAGAAGGCACCUUGAUGAUGUUUUGUUGACUUCCGUUUGAAAUUACUUGCCCAGAAAUGAUUGGUUGGCAUUGGCAACCGUUUUAGCCGAUGGGAGGCCUAGCUCGCUAACGCUAGUUACAUCUUGUUGGCUGAGUAAAGAAAGGGAGAGGAAGCCGAAUCUAAAAACAGCUAUCCAACAGAGGAUAAAGAAGUUUCAUAUUCUCUCAACCCCCCCCCCCCAACCCCCAACUGUUCAUUAGAAAGGAGCAAGAGACAGACUGCACACAGAAUGAGCUCAUCUGCUCCCAGGAUGGUGAACAACUACAAGCGGACUUCCAGCCCUCGGUCUCCUACGAACAGUGGGGAGCUUUUCACUCCAGCGCAUGAAGAGAAUGUGCGCUUCAUCCACGACACCUGGCAGUGUGUGCUCAGAGACAUCCGGUCACCACAGAGCAGCGAACGCAAAGACCGUGGACCACAAGAGUAUGUGGAAAAGAACCCUAAUCCCAACUUAAAUUCUUUCACACCAGUUGACCUGAGUGACCUCAAGAAACGCAACACACAGGACUCCAAGAAGUCCUAGUCUUUCUCUUUAUAGUCAACAGCUUUUUUUCUGCACUAAUUAUCCUUGAGAACUUUCUCCUCCUCUGUCAGCCAACAAGUCAACCUUUUGGCCAGUCCUGCCCAGAAUGCCGGUCCUCUUUCUGCCCACCUGGACUAACAGCCUGCCCAUUCAACAGCGGUGGGCUGAUGUCCUAACAACCAAAACAUUUUUGGAGUCCCUUAUCCCCCCCCCCCCCUCUUUCUCUGUCCGUGCUCAAUAUUUUCUUACCCUACCUCUCAUCUGGUUGAUGUGGAAAGCUGGCAUUUGAUUUCCAGGGAUUCUCUCUUCCGGUUCUUGGUUUUACAGCCAUUAAUUUUUCUUUUUCACUCUUUUUUUUUUAUGUGAAUGGGACUGAUGCAGAGUUUCAAUGAAAUAUACUGACAUCCUGAUGCCGAAGUACAGACUGUGUACAAAUUCUUCAUGGGACACUUUAAAGGACUCUUAAAUAUAAACUGUUUUCUUUUCAAUCUACAAAGGAUAAUGCUGAAGGGCUGACGUUCUUUUUUUUGGAAGAUAGUUGAAUUGUAGAUAUAUUGGAAUGGAAUCUGAUUGUAGGGGCGAGUUUUGGAAACCAAAAAUUGUUUAGGAUAAAUGCCAACAUUUUUCAUAUAGAUUCAUGCCCCUAAAAUCGACUUAAAGUAGACAUCUCCACAUUGACUUCCCAGCCUUGAAAAAAAAUAUUGAAUAAAAUACUUUUACAAUA